AUGGCCUCGUCUCAAGCGACAGUGUCGCAAGAGCCCGUGCCUCCCUACUCUCUGGCUCCGCUGCUGUUCCCCACACUCCCCAUCGAGGAUGCUGCAGGGCACGCCAAUCCCUCUUCGCCUGCUGCGAUCCAUCAGAAUGCUCAGCGAGCCAUUCGUUGCUCAGAAUCCGACGGCUCUUUCCUCUACGUCGGUACCUCGGACGGGGUGAUUCACUCUUUUCAAAUCAGCUCCCGCAUCUCUGCGCAGUUGACCUCACCAAGUUAUAGCCUGAAACACAGUCGCUCCAUUUCGCAUAACGCUAAGCCCAUUGAAAAGAUCGUUCUGCUGCGGCCAUUCAACGCCGCCGCUAUUCUCUGCGAAGGUGUCGUCAGCUUCUUGUCGCUUCCCGAAUGGUCACCGAUACGGAGUCUGCCAUCCACUAGGGCGGUAAGCACUGUCCUUCUCGAUGACGACGAGUCAGAAUACGGAUCUGGGACGGAUGCUGCUGGUAUGAUCAGCAUUUGCCUGGUGCGGAGGAAGAACGUUAUCUUGGCGAAGAUCGGCGCAGAGGGCCGAUCCGGCCUUCUCUGGGCCACUGUCAAGGACCUUCCUCUACCUGGAGGUGCCAUCUUUGCUCGCCGCUUUGCUGAUACCCUCUGCAUCGCCAAUGCCACCGAGUACAGCCUCGUCAACCUGUCCAGUGGCCACAUAACCCCAUUGCAGCUCCCCAUCAGUCAGACCGGCGAAUCUCCCUCGGCGCAAGUAAGGCCCAGCAUCGUCACCAUCCCUGUAGAGCCACCGACAGACAGAGAGGGCAGCCUCUCGCCAGCCGUCGACCGUUCAUCCUCCUCCUCAGCAUCCGUCAAGUGCGAGUUCCUGGUCACCUCUCACAGUGGAUCCAUCACUCUGGGAGUUUUUGUCAAGACCUCAGGCGAGCCAGCACCGAAGCUGCUCGAGUGGCCCUCACAUCCCCGUUCCGUCACGUACGAUGGCAAAAAUCUCGUCUCGCUGCUUCGAAACGACACAAUAGAGAUCCACAUGCUUGGAAUCGACUCGGUCGACAAGGUCCAAACGCUGCAAUUACCGCCUGGCUUGGAUCCGCGAUUUCUGCAGUCCGUCGAGGCUCCGUUAUCGUCGACGCCUUCACGCAGCUCGGACGAGCCACCAGGCGCAGAUGCCCUCACCGACCUCAAUAUUAUCAAGGCAUCGCUUAACCGACUAGAAGGCCAAGAAGCGCCAGUAUUGCGACGCGCAUCAGACCACGCUUCUCCAGUUUCAUUAUCACAGCGGCAGAUUCUCCUCUGCGGAAGAAACUCGACGUCUUGCAUUCAGCAGGAUCCUUUGCUAAGCUGGACAGUCCAGCAGCUACAUCGAGGUCGACUGCGCAACUUGCGACAAAGCUUGGACUCGUACAGAUCCAACAAAAACCCCCUUCAACGUAAAGAUGAUUCACUGCGCAUCUCGCUCGAGUCGUCCAUAGCUCAUGCACUGCUCGGUAUCGAGCUCCUGCAUCGGACAGACUUUUCGGCAGCUGGCGAGGUGUUGCGCUAUGCCAAUCUCGACCCGAGAUUGAUCCUCGCACUGUUUCCUGGCUUGCAGCAAGGACAGCAAAAGGCAGACGAGGCAAUCAUGCCGGCACUCAUCCUCUCCAACCUUGGCCGGCUGAAACGUCCGGACGCUGAUCAGCUUCAAAGCAUCGACGAACUCGUCGAUUCGAAUCUCGCCUUCAACUACUCCCCACCGUUAGACGUUGCAACAGACAAGGCACUCGUUCAACUUCGUCAACAACUUGUGCAGGGAUCGGAAAGAAUGCUGCGCACCUUGUUGGAAGCAUGGCGAGCCGAUGCGGCAGCGGCUCUCGCUAGUCCAAGUGAAUCCAAGUCUCGCUUCUGGGCCGGCUCCUUCAUGGACGAGCAGAUGCUAGCCACCGUCAACGCCUGCGUGGAUUCCGCCUACCUGCGGCUCAUUGUAGAGCGACGCGGGCUUGUCGGGGAAGAUGACACAGCCGUCGAUGACGAUCUCACAGCGUUCCUCGGGUCCAAGCAUGCCUGCGAGUCGUCACAGGUAGAAAAGGCCCUCGAGCAAAAACAUUACUUCAGCCUACUCGCAGAUCACUACGAGAAGACCGGUAAUGUGCAGGGAUCCCUGAGGACCUGGACUGCCCUCGUCGAUGGCAAGCUUUCCGAUGCCUCUGGAAAGACGAUCGAUGUCCCAAGCGCACUGUCUAAAGUUGCGAGCCUGCUCAAGGACGAGGACGACCCAACGCUACUUUCUACUUACGGGCGUUGGCUCGUGCGGAAAGACUCGGAGGCUGGCAUUCAGAUCCUCACAAAGGUGACAGCAAAGCUCGGAUCGGAUCCAUCGCAAAACUCGGCGACGCGCAGCAAAGCACAAGAACUAGAAUCGAUCCGAGUGCAAAAAGCAACCAUCAACGAACUGCGCGACAUCGAUGCUGACGCCGCCACAAAGUACCUUGAGGCGGUUGCCCUAUCGACGACCAAGGUGCAGGACGAGCAGAUGCAUCGCGAGCUCGCCGCAGCUCUGCUUCGCCGUGUUGAGGACCACCUCAAGGAUGACUCUUACCGUCGAAAAUUGGAUGCAGUGGCUCAAGACUACGCUUUCGGAUCGUAUGCCGAGUCUUUCUUUGCUCACCUUGCGCUGGCCAGUGACGGCUCACCGAAAGAAGCAGACCGUCUCAAGCUGGCUAUGCUUCUACAGGGCUCGACCGUGCUCGACUACGAAGCGCUGUUGGCCAUGAUUGCGCCGUUGGAGUCGCUAAUCUACGAGAAGGCCAUCAUCUUCGGCAAGCUCGGCCUCGAUUCAGAAGCUCUGUCGCUGCUCGCCAUCACGCUCCGGGAUGCCAACAGCGCCGAAGCCUACUGUUCGCAGGAUGGUGAGGUCCUCUCGCCUAUGCUAGCCUGUUCCAUCGCCGAGGAUUACGAGGGUCUGCGACCGUUUGCGGCCAUGCUGAGCCGCACAUAUGCGCAGCGUGUAAAGGCGCAUGCGAGGGUGACGGCGCAACGCGCGCUUUCGCCGGUGCAGCGCAAGCAAGAGCUCCUCAAGCAGCUUCUCUCGGUUUAUAUGAUCAACGGCGCCGAAGAAAAGUUCCGCAUCGCCACCGCGCACUUGCUGAACACGCAGGCGCUGCAUCUGGACGGUCGCGAGGUGCUCGAGCUCGUGCCCAAGGACUGGUCGUUGCAGACGCUCGAGACAUUUUUGACGCAGAGUCUCCGUCGACAGCUUCAUCGUCGACGGGAGAUGCAGAUGCUGAAGAACAUCGCAAAGUGUCGAAGCUUGGACGUGGCUGAGGAUCUAUGGGCGAGACAACGGGCUAUGGGCGGUGUUCUUCAAGAUACGGAUGUGGACGGAGGCUUUGGGGAUGUUGUGGAAGACACAAGCUACGCAGAUUGGAAAGAGGGUCAAAACGAGCAAGACGCCGCAGUCGAGCUGGCAAGUGAGAAGAAGCAGACGCCGCAGAGGCAGAGGCAACACGACACCGUUGUCGGCAAGGGAGCCAUCAUCGACGGUGUGCGCACAGACUACGAGAUACCCCCCUCGUCUGCCAUCGUUCAUGCUGAUGCAGACGAUGUCGACGACCUCACCUAG